AUCAACUUUUUUUAUAAGAAUUAUGUAUCACUUGAUGACUUUCAUAAAAUCCUUAAUAACCUUUGUAGCGUAACGAUAUUUUAUUUUUUUAUCAAAGCGAUAAGAAAUAUAAAAUUCUAUUAACAUAUUUUAGAAAACUAGAACUGUAGAUAAUAAAAUACAUGAGUUUUUGUGAAACUAAGUAGAAGGACGGGUGUGGCUGAGUGAAUAAUAACUUAUCUUUAUUUUUUCAGUUAUCUUGGAUGUAUUUUUAUAUACUCUACAAUACUUUAUUUAAUAUAAUAUAAAUUUAUAUUGUUGUUAAUUAUUGAAUAAUUAAAAUGAUUAGUAAUCAAGAGUUACGUGUUUUAUCAAUUCAAAGUCAUGUGGUAUCGGGAUAUGUUGGUAAUAAAAGUGCGACAUUUCCGUUGCAGCUACUGGGAUUCGAAGUUGAUGCCAUAAAUUCUGUACAAUUAUCAAAUCAUACUGGUUACAAAGUCACUAAAGGAGAUAUUCUUAAUGAUAAAAAUUUGAGUCAGUUAGUUGACGGAUUAGUCGCAAAUGAUUUGCAUCACUACAGUCAUUUACUUACUGGAUAUGUUGGAUCAGCUUCAUUUCUUGAACAGAUUGCACAAUUAAUUCCGGUAUUAAAGAAAAAAAACCCUAAUCUUAUUUACUUAUGCGAUCCAGUUCUAGGGGAUGAUGGAAAGUUAUAUGUACCUGAAGAAUUAAUAGAAAUUUAUAAAAAAAAAAUUGUCCCUUUGGCUGACAUUAUAACACCAAAUCAAUUUGAAUUGGAAUUAUUAACUGAUAAAAAAAUAACGACAAUAGAUGAUGUGAAAAUUGCUAUGAAAUAUUUAUAUGAACAAGGACCAAAAACAGUUGUUGUAUCAUCAAUAGACAUCAAUGAUGAUUUGACAGCCAUUGCUGGAAAAUCCAAAGAUGAAAAAAUGAUUAAAAUUGACAUUCCUAAAAUUCCAUUAAGUUAUGUUGGCUCGGGUGAUCUUUUUGCUGCAUUAUUUCUCGCUCAUUCAACUUUGCAAAGUAAUUUAAAAGAAGCUUUGGAAAAAACAAUUAAUACAUUGCAUGCUGUACUUUUGAAAACAAUGGAAAAUGUAUCAGUAUAUCAAAAUAGAAAUGCACAAGAAGCAAGAAAAAAAGAAUUACGCUUAAUUCAAAGUAAACAUAUUAUUGAAAAUCCUCCAAUGAAAUUAAAAGCUGAUUUAUUAUAAUGAUUAAUUAAGUUAAAUUAUACAUAAAAUUAUAUCAGAGUGCAAAUAGGUAUUGAAAGAUGGAUAUUGAGUACAAGUUAUAUAUACAUUUUUUUUGCUGUUAAUAUGCCGUAGUUCAUAAGCCUGAUAAGUAUAUGUUCGGGUGGUCGUUAAAAAUUGAGUUUUCUCGUUUUUUCUUAAAUAUAGACAACUUUGUAACUCGUAACAUAUCAAUCAUUAAUGCUUGUAAUAGUUUCUAUAUACUUAGAAAAAUGUUAUUUUAAGCAUUCGUAAUUUUUAAAACGCUCAAUUCAUAAGAUCUAAAAAAAGUUUAUUCAAAAUAUCUACAUAAAUACACACUUUUUAUAAAAAGUGAAUAUGACCUUUUUUGUCAAUAACUUAAUUUCCUACAAAAUUGUUCCUAUUAUUUUUUCCUUUAAUCUGCAUAUUUCAUGAGAUAUUUAAAAAAAAACGCGAUUGUAUCGAAAAAUGAACUUUGAUCGUCUUGAGGCUCGUGUUCUUUUUACUUAAAAAUAAAAACCAAAUUCCCCACGUAUUUUUUUCACUAAAAAGAAGCUUUUUAUGGGGCGUCUAAGAAAAAUUAUUUGUUAACGAUCACCCUAAUAUAUACAUUGUAACGAAAAUGAAACUGAUCUUUUUAAAAAUUUGAAAAUCUAGAGGCAAAUGCCUUCUUCUCUUGUUUUAUAGAAACGUGACUAGAGUCAAUUUUUUAACGACAUUAAAACAGCGAACAUCUGUAUAUCAAUAAACUAUCUUUCUUUGUCUUUUCUUAUACCGCUGUAAAUUAUGGUGUUGUUAUUAAUAAUUUAAUUGUGUUAUUAUUGUAAUAUAACGACGUUGUAAUUAGCAAAGUGUCUAACUUCAUUUCAGAAAAUCCUCCAUUUAUGUGAAAAAAAGUAAUUGAAAAAUUUUUUUUUCAUCUAAAAAUCAAUUCCAUAUCUAGUAUAUGUAUAAUAUUUUUGUCUAAGUUACUCGAAUAAUAUUGUUUCUAUUACUAUUUGAAAAUUGUACAGAAUCACCUACUAAAAAAUAUUAAGUUAGACAAUUUGCUAAUUAGAACGUCGAUAAGUGAUAUUAUAAGUUACUGUUAUUUCAAUAUA